GUGGCCGUGUUGUGGCUGCCGGCCUUAGAACAUUUCGCCGGUUCCUCGGAGGGGGUCGGCCAUGUCGUGAGGGCCGGCCGUUGCUGCUGCUCUUGCUGCGGCUUCCCUCCCCUCUCCUCCUCCUCCUCCUCCUUUAUGGGCCACUUCCUCUCGCGGAAGGGAAGCAGCCCCAGCGCGGAGAGGAAGAGCCGCUGCCCCUGGAGCCGGAGCCGCUUCCUCCGAGGGCCCUGCCUGCUCUGCUUCCUGGUCCACACACCGAAAGACGACGCCUCCUCCUCCUACUCCUCCUCAGCGCCUCAGCAGCAGCCGCCGCCGCCUCCUCCUCCGCUGAGGGCCCCCGAGGAGCGCCGUCGCCGCCGCCGUUGCUGCUGCUGCUAUUGCCGCCGGCAGCUGCUCCUCUCAGGCCUCCUCUUCAGUCCUCCUUCUCCUGGGCCCUCCUCCCAUCGGGCCGCCUCCGGUGCUGCCCUGGCGAGCAGCGAGGCCCCUCCGACGGAGAUGGUCUGCAAGCGCAAAGGGGUCGGGCUCGCCUCCUGCCCGCCCCGAAAGCAGCCCCGCUGCGCCACCGACAUCACAGGGACCGACACUGGGGCCGAGGGGGGCUCCCUUCCACCUCCUCCUCCGCACCCUUGUGCCUCUGAGCCUUGUGCCUCCUGGGGAGGGGCACCCAAAGACCCUGCCGCCGGGAACGAGGAGGCAGGGCUCCCUCCGCAGCCUCCGCCACAGCCGCCUCCUCCUCCUCCUCCGCCUUCCUCCUCCUCUUCUCGGCUUCCUGAGGAGCCCAGUGGGAAGGAGAGGCAGGAGCCCCACCAACCGGAUUGUGAGGAGCAGCCCCCCGAGAACCCCGGAGACUGCUGCCCCGAGCUCCAGCUCCCUUCGCUGGACAUCAACCAGCUGCCGCCCUCCAUCCUCCUCAAGAUAUUUUCCAACUUAUCUUUGAAUGAAAGAUGUCUCUCAGCGUCAUUGGUUUGUAAAUAUUGGCGUGACCUCUGUUUAGAUUUCCAGUUUUGGAAGCAAUUGGAUCUUAGUAGUCGUCAGCAGGUCACUGAUGAGUUACUUGAAAGAAUUGCAUCAAGGAGUCAGAAUAUAACUGAAAUCAAUAUUUCAGAUUGCCGUAAUGUAUCAGAUACAGGAGUAUGUGUGCUAGCAUCUAAAUGCCCUGGACUGCUAAGAUAUACAGCCUACAGGUGUAAACAACUGUCCGAUACAUCUAUAAUUGCAGUGGCCUCACAGUGUCCUCAACUGCAGAAAGUACAUGUUGGUAACCAAGAUCGGCUCACUGAUGAAGGACUCAAGCAGCUGGGCUCAGAGUGUCGAGAACUAAAAGAUAUCCAUUUUGGGCAGUGUUACAAGAUCUCAGAUGAAGGAAUGAUCAUUAUAGCUAAAGGCUGCCUGAAGUUACAGAGAAUAUACAUGCAGGAAAACAAAUUAGUGACAGAUCAAUCUGUUAAAGCAUUCGCUGAACACUGUCCUGAGUUGCAAUAUGUUGGGUUUAUGGGGUGUUCUGUUACAUCUAAAGGAGUCAUACACCUUACCAAUCUAAGAAACCUUUCCAGCUUGGAUCUACGUCAUAUCACAGAACUGGAUAAUGAAACAGUGAUGGAAAUAGUAAAGAGAUGCAAAAACCUUACUUCCCUCAAUCUGUGUCUGAACUGGAUUAUAAAUGACAGGUGCGUGGAGGUCAUUGCUAAAGAAGGACAGAACUUGAAAGAACUUUAUUUGGUGUCGUGUAAGAUUACAGACUAUGCACUGAUAGCUAUUGGGCGAUAUAGUAUGACAAUAGAGACUGUGGAUGUAGGAUGGUGCAAAGAAAUCACUGAUCAGGGAGCCACCCAAAUUGCUCAGAGUAGUAAGUCACUCAGAUACUUGGGACUGAUGAGAUGUGAUAAGGUGAAUGAAGUGACUGUGGAACAACUAGUCCAGCAGCACCCACACAUCACAUUCAGUACUGUACUACAAGACUGCAAGAGGACCUUGGAAAGAGCAUACCAGAUGGGUUGGACACCCAAUAUGUCCACUGCCUCUUAACUCAUGAUGUGAUAUUAAACAGAGAGCAGAGUUAGACUGAACAUUUGAGAACUGUUUUUUACUAUUAAUAUUUUGCUUUUUAUUAAACGUAUGUUCCAUUUUAGCAUAAAUCUUUUAAUUUUGAAUGUAUAUAUAUGUAUAUGUAUGUAUGUGUGUGUGU